AUGUCCUGCAAGACCAAACUGGACUUCAGUUCUGGUCACAUGUGGUUCGAAUCUCGUAGUGGCGUUCGAGUGACCGCCAUGGAUACCAAGCUUGAGAAAUUUGUCUCAGAACUGGGCGGCUGUGGGCUGUUCCAGGUUUACCUGUCUGUGGCGGUGUACACCAUCAAGACAGUUGGCGCCUGGGGCGUGCUCUUCCUCACCUUUGGGACCUACAACCCGGGAUGGACGUGUGCAGACGACUCAGGCAACACAACUGACGUCAAUUCCACACUGGUUCUGUCAACUUCAACCCCGAACAACAUCACCGACUCUGGUCAGGAGAACUGUGCGACAUGGCACUCGUGUUCGGACAUCAGAUUCGACCCUGAAUCUUCAACGAUCGUGUCGGAGUGGGGCCUCAUAUGCGACAGGGCAUGGCUAGGCCCGCUGACCAUUUCAAUACAGAUGGUAGGAAUGACGAUCAGCUCUCUGCUAGGAGGUGUCUUGGCUGAGAGAUUUGGCAGAAAGUUUAGCAUGUAUCUUUGGGUCUGGCUAGGGAUUGUUUUGAAUGGUGUAGCGGUGUUCUCUACCAGCUGGGAAAUGUACGCUGCUAUUCGGUUUCUGAUAGGUCUUAGCGUUGGUGGAAAUUUAGUUACCUCUCAGAUUUACGCACUAGAGUUUGUGACGGCCAAAUGGAGAGUUAUCCUAACUGGACUUCCCACCUGGAAUAUCGCUGGUCUUCUGUUCGGGCUCUGUGUACUCCUUUUGAAAAACUGGAGACAUGUGCACAUUGCAACGGCUGUGCUAUCAGCCUGUGUAUUCCUCACUGUGUUCUGGGUACCGGAGAGUAUGCGGUGGCUAGCCAUUCACGGAAAAGCGAAAAAAACGAGAGAAGUUGCUCAGAAAAUCUGCAGGAUAAACAAACGACCGAAACUGGACGAAAGUUCACUGGACUUCACGAACUGCGAGGGUCGGCGUGAUGACAAAAAGGUUUCCAUUAGACAACUGUUUCGGCCGGACCUUCGUAAAAGGACGAUAGUCUGUUGCACCGUGUACUUUCUGAUGUCAGUUAUGUACUACUCCAUCGGAUUUGGCAUCGGGUCCCUCUAUGGGAACUUCUACACCAAUUUCCUUCUAUUUUCGUUAUUCGGCAUGCCUGUUUCUCCUCUUGCGACCUUUUUGGGUCAUAAACUGGGCAGGCGUUGGGGAUCUGUGACGCUUCUGGGUACAGCGGGGUUGUUUUCCUUCACCGUCGUAGUUGUCUACUUCAAAACAAGUGUUGAGGUGGGUGGUCAAGUCAUCACUCUUCUGGCUUUGACCACGUCGGUGCUGGUUGACCACUGCUGGGGAAUCUUGAUCACCUUCAUAGCUGAGCUGUUUCCAACCCCUGUGAGAGUUCUCAGUUUUGGUUUCGUCUUCACGGCAGCGCGGAUUGGCAGCAUUGUGUCGCCUCUGUUGAUUCCUCGGGAUUUCAGCGUUUUGUAUGUGUCGUACAUUAUAAUGGCUGUCAUGGCGACUGUGACGUGUGCCCUGGUCUUGUCGAUGCCAGAAACGAAAGACAGAGGACUCGAGGAUAAGUUACAUGGGGUAGAGCGGUUUAAACCGAAAAAGACUGAUGAGUACUUCAACGAUAAUGUGCCUCUUAUGGAGGAAAAUGAGUGA